AUGUACCCUAGCCUGCCACAUCUUUCACAAGGGGCUAUAUUUGAUGAUGCUUGCUUGAAAGGACUUAAUGGAUUCCCAGAUGUAGUGGAAUGUUCAUUCGUGCAGUCAACAGUCACUGAGUUGCCCUUCUUUGCAUCCAAAGAUGAAGAAAAGAUUGAGCGUCUAGAGAUUACUGGUAUUGGUGACCCUUUUGGACUGGGUCUAGGUUUUAUUUAUGUUCGUGUAACUCCUAAGGCCUCAAUUUCAAAUGCAAUGGUGAAGAAGAAAACAGUUAUUGGCAAAGGAUCAACAGUAACUGGAACAGAUGCUGAUCUGCGUACAUUGAGCAUGGAAGCUGCAAAAGAGGUUGUUUUACUGCACCCUUAUGUUUGUAUGACUAUGAUAUAA